AUGUCGCCGGAGCGGUGGGGUUCGAUACCUCCUGAUUUCGCCCGCGUCCUAUCUGACAAAUUCACCUUGCGAGACCUGGCUACUUCCCUGAAGCAAACGAUCUCGAUCUCCAAAAACGAGAUGAAAGACCUGCUCCGGCGGUGCGGACGGCAGAUCUGGGAGAAGCUCAAGGAGAAAGCGCGGCCCGAGUACCAGGGCAACAUCUGGCAGAACCGCGACUACCGCGUCGACGCCGGGUCUGCGCUGCGCGACUGGCCGCGCGUCAAGAGUUGGAACCUGCAGGUCAACAGGGAGGCGGCCCGGGAGGUGCUGCGGGGCCGCACCACGCACCAGACUCUGUUCUGGGACGGGUUCGACCUGGAUAACGUCCCUAAAUACGGGGUCUGGGAGAAGAGCAUCUUGGACCGGUUCAUGUGA